AUGGAAGGUACAGAACUGGGUGGCGACCAGCAAUUCUGUUUGAGAUGGAACAAUUUUCAAGCGAACAUAACUUCUCAAUUCGAGGCACUGCGCGAUGAUGAGGACUUCGUGGAUGUCACCCUGGCAUGUGAGGGACACAGGCUCGAAGCCCACAAAGUGGUUCUUUCGGCAUGUAGUCCGUAUUUCAAGGAAUUAUUUAAAAAUAAUCCGUGUCCUCACCCAAUAAUAUUUAUGCGCGAUUGUGAAGUGUCACAUGUCCGCGCGCUUCUACAAUUUAUGUACGUGGGCCAGGUGAAUAUCGCGCAGGCGCAACUCAGUGCAUUCUUGCGCACUGCUGACGCACUACAAAUACGCGGCCUCACUGAUUGUUCUCAACACAACGACAAGAAGCCAAAUCGAAAGUCUCCGCCUUCCCAACUACGUAAUUUGCUCAGCGCCAAGCCGUCACAUUCUACCUCCUCCUCCAAAGCCGCAAGCCAAAAUGUGGAAUCGACGUCUGCCGACGAUCCCGAGAAGAGUGCGAGUCGCCGUUCUGAGAUAAAUUCUCCCGAUGUUGCCAGAAAUAAUCUCAACGAAGAAGCUUCCUUUCAAACUUCUAGUCAAACGAGGCCUAAUAAUGACGACUUUAACCAAACCUGUAACUACCCCACAUUGAGGGUGAAAACUGAUCUCGAAGCAACUGAAAUUAACAAUGAAGAAAACGAUAUUCUCAUGGAUCCCGGAGAUUAUAAGGAAGGAGUUGAAACAUGUCAAGACUUUAGCGCGACCGAUUUACUCGAACCAAAAAUGGAAGUCAUGGAGCAGGAGGGCAGCGACGAGGAACGGUCCAAUUUUCAGCCUAUAUUCUACAAUGACAACAACGCUCUGGCGAAUCCUUUCGCCACCUUACAAGGUAACAUCGAUCUCAUGGCCGGCAUGAACGCGGAGCUGCGCGACGAGAACUCGGAAGGUGCGGCGGUGCCGGGGGGCGCGCGGUGGGACGCCCGCCGCGGCCGGCCCGUGCCCGACGCCGUGUGGCUGGAGCAGCAUCGCCGCGCACUGCCCUUCGUCAUCAAGCGCGAGAACGAGCGGAACACGCCCGCGCCCAGGCUCAUAAAGCUGGGCGAGGGUGUGGAGAUCCGCGAGGAGCUUCUGCGCGGCGUGAAGUGGGGCGACUACCGCAAGGUGACGCGCGGGCUGGCGGCGGCGCUGUUCUCGCCCAUGGAGCUGGCCACGUGCUCGGUCACGGGCCAGCGCUGGUCGCGCGCCGGCCAGGAGGCGCGCCCCACCAAGCCGCCGCUCGACCGGCGCCGCGUGCACGCGCUCAUCUCCUACGUGAGCCGGCACUUCCCCGACGUCGAGGUCAGCCGCAUCAAGCAGGUGCUCGCCUACAAGUGCAAGGAGAACUGCGCCGCGCUGCGCAUGCGCACCGCCAGCGAGUCCAGCAACUACAUGCUGAGCGCGGCGGCGCGGCCCGACGAGCGCGCGCACGCCUCGCCCGCGCCCCCGCGCGCCGCCUACCCGCACUUCGAGGGCGCGGCGGGAACGGGAGCGGCGACGGGCGGGGCGGGUGGCGGGGCGGGCGGCGGGGCGGGCGGUGGUGCGGGCGGGGCGAGCGGUGGUGCGGGCGGGGCGGCCGGGGCGGAGGAAGGCGAGGCGCCUCACUGA